AUGCCGCUGGAGGCAUUCUUGAGGAGAGGAGGAGGAGGAGGCAGGUGGAGGGAGGAGGAGGAAGGAGAGGAGGAGGGAGGUGGAAACACGUGCCCCGUUUGGAUGCUGCUCCUUUUCACCUGGCUCUGCUGUUGUGUGGGCAGACAGCAGAUGAACAUGAAGCUGGUGAUAUUUUUGCUCUUGAUGCUUUGGACCUGUGACUGCGCCCGGGUCGCAGAAACUCGUGACGACAACGACAGCGUCUUUGAUCUGUUCGAGCUGGUCCAGGUGCCCAAGAAGAACCACGGGGUCACUCUGGUGAAGGGGGACGACCCGUACAGCCCGGCCUACAAGAUCCUCAACCCAGACCUGAUUCCCCCAGUCCCAGAACCCGUCUUCAGAGACCUGGUCGACACCAUCCACUCCGACCGCGGCUUCCUCCUCCUGCUCAACUUCAAGCAGUUCAAGCGCACACGCGGCAGUCUGCUGACGGUUGAGAAGAAGGAUGGGUCCGGCCCGGUGUUCCAGAUCAUCUCCAACGGGAAGGCCAAUACCUUGGACAUCGUUCUGUCCACGGAAAACAAGCAGCAAGUGGUUUCCAUCGAAGACGUGGACCUGGCGACCGGGCACUGGAAGAACAUCUCUUUGUGGGUGCAAGAAGACCGUGCCCAGCUCUAUGUGGGCUGUGUAGAUGUGAACACUGCCGAGCUGGACGCGCCCAUCCAAAGCAUUCUGACACGGGACACACCCACCCAUGCCCAGCUCAGGAUUGGGAAGGGUGCGGUAAAGGACCGGUUUAUGGGGGUCCUUCAGAAUGUGCGCUUCGUCUUUGGAACAACUCUGGAUGCAAUUCUCCGGAACAAAGGCUGCCAGAACACUCUAACCAGUGACACUUUGCUUUUGGACAACAUCAAUGGCUCUUCUGCCAUCAGGACAGAGUUCACCGGACACAAGACGAAAGAUCUGCAGAUGGUGUGUGGCUUUUCCUGUGAGGACCUCAUCAGUAUGUUCAAGGAGCUGAAGGGUCUGGGUGUGGUGGUGAAGGAGCUGUCCAACGAGCUGCGACGACUGACGGAUGAAAACAAGCUGAUCAACAACCGCAUUGGGAUCCACAGUGGAGUUUGCAUCCACAACGGCAUCGUGCGCAAGAACAAGGACGAGUGGACCGUGGACGACUGUACGGAGUGCACAUGUCAGAAUUCGGCUACUGUGUGUCGUAAGAUCUCGUGUCCCCUGAUCCCGUGUGCUAAUGCAACAGUUCCUGACGGAGAGUGCUGCCCCCGUUGUGGCACACCGAGCGACUACGCGGAAGACGGCUGGUCUCCUUGGUCAGAAUGGACACAUUGUUCCGUGUCCUGUGGGCGGGGCAUUCAGCAGAGGGGGCGGUCCUGUGAUCGUAUCAACAACAACUGUGAGGGCACGUCUGUCCAGACCCGGGACUGUUACCUGCAGGAGUGCGACAAGAGAUUCAAGCAGGAUGGAAGCUGGAGCCACUGGUCGCCCUGGUCGUCCUGCUCCGUCACAUGUGGUGCCGGCGUCAUCACUCGCAUCCGCCUCUGCAACUCCCCCACUCCUCAGCUGGGGGGCAAGGAGUGUGUGGGGGAGGGCCGGCAGACGGAGAAGUGCCAGAAGUCUCCCUGUCCCAUCAACGGAGGCUGGGGGCCCUGGUCGCCGUGGGAUACAUGCUCGCUCACCUGUGGGGGCGGAGUCCAGACUAGGAAACGCAUGUGCAACAAUCCAUCACCCAAAUACGGAGGCAAAGAGUGUGUGGGAGAGGCCAAGGACACGCAGAUGUGCAACAAGAAGGCCUGCCCUAUUGAUGGCUGUUUGUCCAAUCCUUGCUUCGCUGGAGCUAAAUGCACCAGCUUUCCUGAUGGAACCUGGAAGUGCGGGAAAUGUCCCAUCGGCUUCACUGGUAAUGGCAUCAGGUGUAAAGAUGUGGAUGAGGAUCUGCCGCUAAACCCUCUCUGUCCCUUUGCCGUCUCCCUUCAGUGUAAGGAGGUCCCAGACGCAUGUUUCGAGUUCAAUGGCGUUCACCGCUGUGAGAACUCCGAGCCGGGAUACAACUGCCUGCCGUGCCCACCCCGCUACUCCGGCCCCCAGCCCUUUGGCAAAGGUGUCCAGUACGCCGCCGCAAACAAACAGGUGUGCACGCCUCGUAACCCGUGUCUGGACGGGAGCCACGACUGCAACAAGAACGCUCGGUGUAACUACCUGGGCCACUUCGCCGACCCCAUGUUCCGGUGCGAGUGUAAACCCGGUUACGCGGGCAACGGCCACAUCUGCGGUGAGGACACGGACCUGGAUGGAUGGCCAAACGCCGAUCUGGUCUGUGUGGAGAACGCCACCUACCACUGCAAGAAGGAUAACUGCCCGAACCUCCCCAAUUCCGGACAAGAAGACUAUGACAAAGACGGGAUUGGAGACGCUUGUGAUGAUGACGAUGACAAUGAUGGCAUUCCUGAUGACCGGGAUAACUGCCCAUUCAUCUAUAACCCUCGUCAGUACGAUUACGACCGCGAUGAUGUGGGUGACCGCUGUGAUAACUGCCCCUACAACAGCAACCCCGACCAGACAGACACCGAUGGCAACGGGGAGGGCGACGCCUGUGCCGUAGAUAUAGACGGAGACGGAAUCGUGAACGAGAAGGACAACUGCCCGUACGUGUACAACGUGGACCAGCGCGACACGGACCUGGACGGCGUAGGGGACAUGUGUGACAACUGCCCCCUGGAGCAUAAUCCUGACCAGGUGGACUCUGACGAUGACCGGGUUGGGGACAAGUGCGACAGUAACCAGGACAUUGAUGAGGACGGUCACCAGAACAACCUGGACAACUGCCCCUACAUCGCUAACGCCAACCAGGCCGACCACGACAAGGAUGGCAAGGGAGACGCCUGUGACCACGAUGACGACAAUGAUGGAGUCCCUGACGACAAGGACAACUGCAGACUGGUCUUCAACCCCGACCAGCUGGACUCGGACGGUGAUGGCCGUGGUGACGCCUGCAAGGACGAUUUUGACCAGGACAACGUGCCGGACAUCUAUGACGUGUGUCCGGAGAACUUUGACAUCAGCGAGACGGACUUCAGAAAGUUCCAGAUGGUUCCAUUGGACCCUAAAGGCACCUCUCAGAUCGACCCCAACUGGGUGGUUCGACACCAGGGCAAAGAGCUGGUCCAGACCGUCAACUGUGAUCCUGGCAUCGCUGUUGGUUACCAUGAGUUCAACUCAGUGGACUUCAGCGGUACCUUCUUCAUCAACACGGAGCGAGACGAUGACUAUGCAGGCUUCGUAUUUGGGUACCAGUCCAGCUCACGGUUCUACGUGGUCAUGUGGAAGCAGAUCACGCAGACGUACUGGUCCAACAAGCCAACCAAGGCCCAGGGCUACUCCGGCCUGUCCAUUAAAGUGGUCAACUCCACCACGGGCCCCGGGGAGCACCUGAGGAACGCCCUGUGGCACACGGGCAACACGCCUGGGCAGGUCCGUACUUUGUGGCACGAUCCAAAGAACGUGGGCUGGAAGGACUUCACGGCGUACAGGUGGCACCUGAUCCACAGACCCAGGACGGGCCACAUCAGAGUGGUGAUGUAUGAGGGGAAGAAGAUCAUGGCGGAUUCGGGUAGCAUCUACGACAAGACGUAUGCCGGAGGGAGACUCGGGUUGUUUGUGUUUUCACAAGAGAUGGUAUACUUCUCUGACCUCAAGUAUGAGUGCAGAGAUGUAUGA